AUGACGGGCCGGGAAGGAGCCGCCGGCGCCGCCAACUGCUGCCGGGGCGGCCGUUGCAGCCUGGUGAGGGCACGGGGCGGGGGCAGCAGCCUGGUGAGGGCACGGGGCGGGGGCGCCAGCUUGGCGAGGGCACGGGGCGGGGGCAGCAGCCUGGCGAGGGCACGGGGCGGGGGCAGCAGCCUGGCGAGGGCACGGGGCGGGGGCAGCAGCUUGGUGAGGGCACGGGGCGGGGGCAGCAGCCUGGCGAGGGCACGGGGCGGGGGCAGCAGCUUGGUGAGGGCACGGGGCGGGGGCAGCAGCCUGGUGAGGGCACGGGGCGGGGGCGCCAGCUUGGCGAGGGCACGGGGCGGGGGCAGCAGCCUGGCGAGGGCACGGGGCGGGGGCAGCAGCUUGGCGAGGGCACGGGGCGGGGGCAGCAGCCUGGCGAGGGCACGGGGCGGGGGCAGCAGCUUGGCGAGGGCACGGGGCGGGGGCAGCAGCUUGGCGAGGGCACGGGGCGGGGGCAACAGCCUGGUGAGGGCACGGGGCGGGGGCAGCAGCCUGGCGAGGGCACGGGGCGGGGGCAGCAGCUUGGCGAGGGCACGGGGCGGGGGCAGCAGCCUGGCGAGGGCACGGGGCGGGGGCAGCAGCUUGGUGAGGGCACGGGGCGGGGGCAGCAGCCUGGUGAGGGCACGGGGCGGGGGCAGCAGCCUGGUGAGGGCACGGGGCGGGGGCAGCAGCCUGGUGAGGGCACGGGGCGGGCUGGCCGGGGCGGGCUGGCCGCGGCGAGCGGCGGCGGCAGGGAUCGGGGCUCGUCCCUCUGCCGCCGGCGGCAGGCUGCAUGAGGAGGCUCGGCGCGGCCGUGGGCUCUCGCAGCCGUGCCGGUGCUCCCGCAGGGUGUGCCCCGCUGCCUCUCGGCUGGCACACCCGCUUUCCCGGACCCUGCGCUGCUGGCUGGGCCAAGGGAGAAGCUGA